AUGCGGGGGAUAUCGGGGUCUUGGCACAGGGUGUGCGAUUACAAAAGCGGGUUCCGAAUGGUUUGCUAGAUUAUCGCACAGGUAUCGUCGUUUCCGCAUACUGUGUGGACACGCCGAUAUGUGCGGUGAGGUUUGGCGGUAGGUGAUACCCUUUCAUCAGCAUCUCGUGCUGGAAGUUCCGGAUACUGUGGGAGCUUGAAUCGCGUGCUCCACUGCUACUGUUGCCCUUGGCACCAUGACGAUGUUCAAGAGUGUGGUAUUUGUACUGUUCGUUCUCUUCUUUUCGUUCUGAAGAAUCAAGAUCGGCA